AAGUAGUAUUCUUGGUGCCGAGAAACCAACGGCUCCAAAAUUCUUAUUAACGGCGUCAACCCCGUUAUUUGACGGACGUCAGGCCCUCUCACCCCUCACGCUUAUUGCAGGGUUUCUUGCUAAUGGUCUUUCUUUGUUUCCCCUAUUUUUACAGGUAUUUUUUUGGCUUAUUAUUUCUUAGUUUACUUUGCAAAUCAUUAGUAAGAUGGUUGCUUUUGUUCCCUUCUCAUAUUUUCUGGUAUUUUUCUCCCCUUUUGCCUUUGUUGUUAAUGAUAUAAGAAUGAUAAUUGGUGUUAUACUGUGAGAUCUCGUUUUCCGGUGAUCUAUUUGGUAUUCUGAAAUUUACGCCGCCUUUUGUUGUGCACUGGGGUAGUCGUUUUGUUUGGAUCAAUUUGGAUGCAGAACUCGUUUUUAAUUUUCUUUUGUUUCUGAUAUAUGGUUUUUGGUGUAAAAAUCUUGGAUUUCUCUGUUUUUUAUGGAUUUGUUUUCUUUAUUUUUCAUGUUUGGGGAAAACCGAAUGAAAAGUUGUGUUUUCUUAUGCUUUCAUUGCUUUUUAUCAUAAGUAUUUGUUUUUCCUAUUUUUGGUGAUAUUAUGUGGUGUGAAUUGGAUGAAUACAUAUUUUUUAUUUUUUCAGUCUUGAUCUUAAUCUUGAUUAUUGCAACCUUUUUUUUCCCAUUUUUUGGAUAUUACUUUUUUUUUUUGUUCAUUGAAAUUGGUUGAUUAGUUACAUUGACCAUUCAGAUGAGAUCUGGUUCACUUGAGUGCAUAAUCAAGCAGAUCAUCUAUUUUCUCUACUGAAUUUGAUGAGGGUUUAGGUGAUGCAGUAUCCUUCAUCUUUUUUGUAAUAUUAAUAAUCUGAGGUACUAUCUAAGCCUUCGAUCUGUUUACUUGGUCUGAAUUAGCACCAAAUAUGUUGUCUGGUUUAUGUUAUUUACUAGUUGCUUGCAGCUUUUUUUUUAUCGCAAAUGAUCUAUUAACUAUAGAAUUUGUUGGGAUAAGGCUCAGAUGAUGAUGAUAGUUUGGGUAGUAAUAUGUUUCCUUAGUUUCUAGAUUAUUAGUUGGAAAAUAUGGUAGUAUUGGCAUUAUCUCCUCUGUUCUUUUCCUUUAGAAUUUGCCAUGCAUGUUACAACGAUAAUAGUAGUUGGCUUUGCAGCAGCAGAAGCAGCAGGAGCGCCAGUAGCAGUAGUAUAAAGUUGCCAACUGUUAUUGUUACUGCAAUUAUGAGUGUAUUUCUUCCUUUCCUUAUCAAUUUUCUGAGUAAGUGUAUCAGAUUACCUGAUUGUUAAAGAGCAUGGAUCUCUUCUUUUUAGUCUUAUAUGCAUUUUUUAACUACUCGGCCGGGCCUAGUUACUCAGACUUGGCUCCUUGCAAAGCCAAACUACCGGUGUAAAACUCAGGCAUUUCAAAAAAAUAGAAAGGAAAAAAAAUAAAUUAUAUAAAUUUGUUGGAUCAAUGUAUAAAAAGUCAUAUACGUAAUUUGGAUUUUUUUUACAAUGAUUUGUGAGUUUCCUUGUCAUAUGCCCUAGUUUUGUACUUUCCUCCCUUUUUUUUCUUUUUUGGAUUUUUCUGAAAAGUCGGCAACUGUAAAUCCACCUUUUCUAAAUCCAUGGUUUAUAUGUAUUUUUAGCUUGUUUGGACUUUUGAUUAAUUAUGUUGUUUUUGGUUAUGUUUCACUUUUAAUAAUUUUAUAUUAUUUAUAGCAAAUUUUUUAAUUUUUAGUUUUUUAAUGAAUUUUUGGGCCCUGACAUACUCGGCUACACGUAUGCGGCCGAGUUACUUGGCUCGGGCCAGGGCCAGGGCCAGGGCCAGGCCUGAGGCACAAGCAAGUUUAAGAACAUGGCUUAUAUGCUUUGCCUGAAGAUGAACUUAUACGAUAGUAGUUUUACUUGUCUUAUGGAUACUGGCUGAGCAAUUAGUUCUGCUGCUGUUGUUUUUGUCAUUGUUGCUGUCGUUGUUAGUUUGACAUUAUUGUGUUUGUGAUUGUAGAAAAAUGCUAUGUUAAUUUUCACCUUUGGUGGCUCUGCGUUUUUAGCAGUCUUAUCUGUCUCUAGCUUCUUCCUAGGCAACCUUCUGUUAUUUUUCAUUUUCCAAAUCCUCCGCAACAGAUGAAGGAAGAUGGAUUUAUCAUAGAAUCUACUCUUUGUGGUUAUAUAGUUCCAGUGUUGUAUGUUCUGUGGUUUAUUAAAUAUAAGCCAACCUGAACUGCAUUGAUGACCUUGCCAUAAGUAAUCAAUUGAGUAGUAAGAAUAUUAUGAUUUAUCCAUUUUUUGGAAAAUGUGAAGAGCGUCCAUCUUGAGGCCUGCCUGAUUCUUUUUGUAACUUCUCUUGAGAAAUACAACUUAUCUUGAGCAAUACAAUCUAUUUUAUCCAAAAAAAAAGAAGAAAUAUUCUGACUCUUGUGAAUCACUGAAUAUGUGAGUCAGUGUUGCUUGUGAUAUGAAUGUGCUUGUGGACUUACAUUGUGGAUUUGUAUUAUUUGCUUCCAGUACAAUGCAAUUGUGUUCUUGGUUUUCAGGGUGAUGCUUCUAUCUUGCUCUAUAUGAUGCUCUUCAACAAUUGCCAGAAGAGAGGUUUUUUGUUACUGUAAAUACAUUGUUCUUGUGGAGCCAUUUGUUUUUCUGUCUAUAGGGAUUGGUGGUAAAUACAAAAAUGGAAGUGAAGAACGGAAGGGCAUUGGGUGAUUGCAAAAGAGUUCAUGAUGACUUGAAGAGGAAGAGAGCAGCUCGUUGUGCAUCGUAUUUUUCGAACAUUGCAUGUCCGCUGCUAUCAUAUGGUUCCAAGGAACAAUUCCCCAACAAACGACUCAAGCAAGAAUUGUUGACUACCAAUGGCUCUAAGUGUUGCUCUAAGAAGAGCCUGAUAAGAAAUUAUGCAAAUUUCUUGAAGAGCGGUUUGCCAGAGCGUUUAAUGUUUUAUCAGAGUGGAGAAUGGAUUGAUUUUCCAAAAGAUAUUAUUGUUUCAGUUCAAGAGGCUUUCAAAAUGAAAAAGUCAGCCACUGAAAUUAUGGUGCAGGGCUGUCUUCUCUUACUAGAUUUUCUGCAUAUGCAAUCAAUCAAUUUAAAAUCCGGUUUACAGUUGCCAAUUGCUUGGAUUGAUGAGGUGAGAAAGUGUUUUUUCCCUGAGAUAUGCUCUGAAAGUACUCAGCUGUGUGGGUGCUUGAAUUCCAAUGAUAGUGUAGAUCAAGUUCAUGAAGAUGUUGAGCCCAAUGGGACUCGUGAAAUUAAGCUACAACUUGAGAUAGGAAUAAGUGGGGCUGACAACUCAAAGACCCAAAUGCCAAUUCCACGUGAAAUCCAUGAGAAAGCUGCAAUGGAUUGCAGUGAUCUUAAGCAAGAGUUUCCAACCAGCCUGAAACCAUUUGCUGAAGUCGAGGAAGUUAUCGCAGAAAAUGAACUUGCAGUUGGCUAUGGAAGGCCAUUGCAUUUUGAAAUUUGCACUAGUGUUCCAGGCAAUCAUGAUGUUGAUGCUGUUCAUGAAAGCUUGGUUCGAGUGGAUAGUGGUAGUAGUGAUUAUGAUGUGGUGAAGAACUUGUUUCUUGAAGGAAUGGGCAAAUUCAUUGAACCAAGAGACAUAGUGGGAAUUUAUCAUCCCAAACCCACAUGUAUUUCAUGGCAGGCUCGGUUGCAAUCUUUUGAAUACCAAAUGGAGGUGACCAAAAAAUACCGAGGCAAUGCGAAUGUGCAGCGUGCUUGGCAUGGAUCUUCCAAGCAAGGGGUUGAGGGUAUUAUGUUGCAUGGUUUUGGAAAUGUUGAGAAGCCGAGGAACGGACUUACUUAUGGCCAUGGAAUUUAUCUCAGACCGUCUCGUUAUUCUCAUAUUAGUGCUCGUAGUUGUGAUGUUGACGAAAAUGGGAUGCAACAUAUGGUGUUGUGUUGUGUAAUAAUGGGAAACAUGGAACAGGUUCAGUCAGGAUCUGAGCAGUUCCACCCUGGCAAUGAAAAUUUUGAUAGUGGUGUAGAUAAUCAUGAGAAUCCUAAAUGUUAUAUAGUAUGGAACACUCAUAUGAAUACACACAUAUAUCCGGAAUACGUUGUGAGUUUUAAGGUGCCUCCAAGUGCUCGAGAGUACUUGGCUGGAAUAAGAGAAAAUGAAAGCAAAGCUGAUACUUCAAGAGUUGCAGAUUCUACAGUCUUUAACAGCAAAUCGCAGCAGGAGCCAUUUACUGUUGAUUUGGCAAGGAAUUCCCAAAACUUGGCAUCUCAUGUUGAGAAAUCCCAAGAGAAAUCCCGGGGAAUUGCAUUAGGAGCUCGAAGAAUGCCUCUAUCUGCUUGGAUGCCAUUUCCUGUGUUGUUUGCUGCGGUCUCAAAUAAAAUAUCUCCUUCGGAUAAAGAUUUAAUUGAUCGUCACUUUAGUGAUUUUAAGAUGAAAAAGAUCAGUAGAGAUGAUUUCAUAAAAAAGUUGAGAUGCAUAAUCGGAGACAAGGUGCUGGUGUCUACAUUAAAGAGUCUUCAAUACAAGUCACAUUGGGUUCCGAAUCCAAAUGGAAAAAUACAUGGUGUAAAUGACUUCAAGCAGAUCUCUGACACAGCUUAAUGUUGCCUCUAUUGGUGAAUACAUCUCAGCCUUUCCUCUUCCAUGUUUUCUGCAAAAUCAGGGAUACCCAUUGUUAGCAUUCGUAUAAGAAGAUAGAACGCUUUAGCAUUUGGAUAAAACAGCCAUAUCAAGCCGAUUCUGAAAUCCUGGUUAUUAUGGGGUAGGUUUUCUGUCAUCGUCAUUUUUUCUCGUCAGAAAUAGGCAUGCUUGCUUGCGGCCCCAUCUGAAAUUUGUCGACUCGAACAUGAGGAUAUGUGGGUUUCAAGAAUGGAAUUGAUUACUGAAAUGGAUCUUUUUUGGUCUUUCUCCA